UGGUUCAUGUGUCCCAGUUGACAUUUUAAAAGUCGAAAGCGCAUAAAGCACUUUGUUAUCACUAAAACUAGAUUGACAUUUAGAUAAUUUUAAGUGAAAAACAAAGGAACUUUCUAUCUGGAACAAUUUAAAUAUCCUUCCUUUGACUAUAAGUUUAAGAAAGCCUAAUUUACCAGCACAUUAUUCACAUUUCAAAUGGCAUUAAUUAGCAAUAUGGAAAAACUGAGCAAUCAAAUUGGCUAUUUAUUAUUGCAAGACGAUGGAGCAGUUAUUGGUUCCGGUGGAGAUUUAGAAAAUGAUGAAAGAAGUGCGAACAUAUUCAUGGAACUUUUACACCUAGCGGAAAGUGUUGACGAUAACUUCAUGCCCAAUAGCAGUUGUGAACGCAUCUCAAUUGUGUAUGAUGAUCACAGUUACAACAUUUCCAUGAGCAAUCAUCGGAUAUAUAUAGUAAAGUUAAAGAAUGCUCCGCGUGGAGGUACAGUUUACGGUCUUACGAACAAUGGUGGCAAUGUGGUAUUCUCAGAAAGUGAGACUUCUGGUGUGGCAUCAAUACUAACUUGAGACGCUACAACAUCAUGCUGCGUGUUCUGUCACCGUAAUCGAGCUAUGGGACAAUUGAAUGCCUACCAUGAGGAAGUGCGUCGUUUUAAUUGGAAAACGCCUUUCAUUUAUUUAAUUAUACUUUUUAUUUGUCAAAAAAUACAUCAUCUGUGAAUUCUUUAUCAAA